UAAAUUAUUAACUUGUUGAUCCCCAAGCAGGAAAGAGAUUCAGAGACUGACCCAAAAAAAGUAUUUGUGAACUGAUCUCAAAAUGAGAGUUCCUGUAAAACUCCUCGGCUUUGGCUUUUGGUUGUUUUUCUUUAAUUGUGCCCGAUGUCAAGAAUGUCUUCGAGAGGACAUUAAAUAUAAAAACACAGAACCAAUUGUGAAAGCUUCAUAUGCUGAUGGUGAAACAUUGAGAGUGAACUGCAUGACAGGUUAUACUGGCUUGUAUAAAUUAAAGUGUGAAAAUGGAGAAUGGAAAAGUUCCAUUGAGCGACCAUGUGCAAAGAAAAAAUGUAGUCAUCCAGGUGAUACACCAAAUGGUAAUUUUGAACUUAAAGAGGGGACAGAGUUUGUUUUUGGAGCAACAGUGGUGUAUACUUGCAUGAAAGGGUAUGAAAUGACAAGCAGAAUCAAUCAGCGUACCUGCAGAGCUAAAGGAUGGGACAACGCUGUCCCUGUCUGUGAGGUGGUGAAAUGUCCAGCCAUUCGCACAGAUGCGGAGGUAACUGCGUCGGGUAACACAGAGGACGGACGUUAUGGUGAUGUUAUUCACUUUGAGUGUGUAUCUUCUGACAAAAUGAUAGACGGAAGUAGUGACAUUCACUGUGAAGAGACGGGAAAAUGGAGUGACGUUGUUCCAAAUUGCAAAGAAGUAACUUGUGAGCUGAAGUCAACCAAAUUUGGGGUGAAAACGAUCAUCCCAUAUGGACAAACUAUUUUCAGAGCUGGAGAAAGUGUGGAGAUCACCUGCUCUGAAAAACACUGGUUCUUUAGUACAAAAGAAACCAGAAAACCAUUUACAUGCAAAGAUAACGGAGAGUGGGACUACGAGCCUGUUUGUGCAGUGAUUACAUGUGAAGUUCCACAUUACCAGCAUGUCUAUUACCCAAACUAUUACUUCAGCGGAGAUAAGAAAUUAGGAGCAAUAAAAUCUUACCGUUGUGAGUCUGGAUAUCGUCAAACAGCAGCAGAGGCCACAUGUACACGAGACGGAUGGACACCAAAACCACUCUGUGCUGAAAUGUGUGCAGCACCCAACAUCCCAAAUGCAGAGAUUCAGAGGGGAUAUCAGAGACCAAACUAUAGAAUCAAUUCAAGAAUACAAUAUAAAUGUCAUCCUGAAUUUGAACCUGAGGAGCCUGUACAAAUCACCUGUGAUUCCCAGGCUCAGUGGACAGGCAUUCAGCAAUGCACUAAAAUGCCAAAACUGUGCCUUAAAUUAGUCUUGGAAAAUGGGUUCAUAUACAUCCACCCCUCCAACAAGGAAGAAAUCUUUUAUUCAUGCAAGACGGGUUAUAAACCAUUCACUGGGAACUGGUGGGAUUCAGUGACAUGCAGAAAAGCAUCUCAGUUUGACGAGCCUCGCUGCAUCCGGAAGGAAGAAUGUGGUGCUCUUCCCAGUGUUCACCAUGGAAAACUAACCCUAACCCUUCAUGAUCCAGAAACUGCUGAUGUGGAAUGUGAUCCAGGGUACAUGUCAACUGACCGCUCCAUAAAAUGCAUCAGUGGUAGAUGGGAGAAACCAGUGUGUAAGGAGGUUGUGCGUUGUGGCAUUCCUCCAAAUGUGCAAAAUGCAGUCAUAACAUCUAAACCUGAAGAAUUUUAUCCUGAUGGAUCUAACUUAACAUACGUAUGUCGAAGCUCAUACUUAAUGAGUGGAGAAAGUACGGUUUCCUGUCGCAAUGGAACAUGGGAAAAAACACCAACAUGUCAAGGUCAGACCACCAGUUGUGGGCCACCACCAGACGUGAACAAUGCAGAUCCAAUAGGAUUGAAAACAGAAGAAUACAAAACAGGGGAGAGAGUUGAAUACAGCUGCUUUAAUAAAUACACAUUGGAUCUGCGUCCGCCUUUCUCCAGUUACUUGACCUGUGAACAAGGAGAAUGGAGAGGGAAUAUUAAGUGUUUAAGUCAGACCACCAGUUGUGGGCCACCACCACACGUCGAGGAUGCAGAUACAAUAAAAUUGAAAAAAGAUGAAUACAAUACACGGGAGAGAGUUGAAUACAGCUGCUUUAAUAAAUACACACUGGAUCUGCGUCCGCCUUUCUCCAAAUACUUGACCUGUGUGCAAGGAGAAUGGAGAGGGAAUAUUAAGUGUUUAAAGCCCUGUACAGUGACGGUGGAGGAAAUGGAAAGAAGAGGAAUAGAGUUGGCCUAUGCUAAUCGGCAAAAGAUGUUCGCACCCCAUUAUGAUCACAUCACCUUUGUGUGUCAGAGGGGCAAAGAUUUAGCAGAUGUUAGAGAACUAAGACAACAGUGUAAUGAUGGAGUGAUGACUUUACCUGAGUGUGUGAGACGGGGAGAAUAAAGCAUUGCUGAAGCAACAAAAAAUGUAGCAAAUAAAUAAAAUACCAAUUCAA